AUGGCGAAUCAAUUGGAGAUUCUUCAUGGGAUCGCCGUCGAAAGAGGAAAACAAAUGCAUUUCUCUUACCCGCCAGCAGCAGUUUUAGAUGCCGACAUCACAUUGGAUGAGGUUUUGGAAUAUGUCAUUUUUAAAGUAACAGGUCCUCCGGCUCCUGAAAAAGUGCCAUGUCGUUUGCAGAGUGCUGAGCAGCAAAGGGAAAAUUAUGGAAUGAAAUAUGUUUCGAAAAUUCUGGAAACUGAAGAUAAAACAUGCAGAAUGUAUGAGUCGGCACGGGCACUGUUUUUCGCAAUUCGACAUUUUAAGAGCUAUCCAGAAAGUUAUCGAUUUUUCAAUGAUUAUACUCUACCAUUCAAUAAUGUGACAACUUAUCUAGGGACUGAUAACAAAACAGUGUACAUUAACAAGGCGGAUUGUUUUGGUGUUCUUCAGAAUCUCACUCUGAAUCAUCCGAAAAUUGAAAUUAUGUCCUGUGCGUAUUUCUAUAUGGAUUUGGGUCAUUUUCUGAAGCAACUAGUCAAAAAAUCAAAUGGAAAAUUGGAAUUCGUGGAAUUCAACACAGAAUUGCUCAAGAAAUUUCAGAAGAAAGUCGAUUUGGCGAUUUUGAAGGCUGCAAAUGACUGGAACACCAACGCUCCUACAGUACCAAAUACCGUUCGAAUUUUCGAAGAUGCCAAACAUCAAUUCGUUUUCAUCACUGAAUUGGAAAAUGCCCUCCAUCAAGCAUUUCCAGACAAAUUUCAGGAGCCAGAAGAGGAAAAUGGACCGUUUUAUAAUACAAUUGGAUACGAGAAGGUUCUAGAAGAAUAUGGGAAUUUUGUGGAGAAAAUUUUGGUAAUAAUUGUUUUUUUUUUGAAGGAUUUUUAA